CUUCUAUACUAAUUUAUAAAUAUAAAUCGUAAAAACUUAUUCAGUUUUCAAAUACAAGUGAAAUGACGGAAAAGUAUUCGUUAGAGUUGUUACGCGUGGUUGCAGCACAAAUUUCUCAAACAAUUGGAUACAGUAGCACGCAAAGUGCUCCGCUGGAAUUAUUACAAGACAUUUUAAAGCGUUUUAUUGAAGAGCUUGCACGUGAUCUACACAGUCAAGUUGAACAUGCUAAUCGAGUUGAGCCCACUCUUAAGGAUACACAACUCAGCUUACAAAAUCUUAAAAUAAAUAUUCAUGAUGUUUUAAAUUAUAUCAGCAAUGUGGAACCAGUCGCAUUUGUUCGAGAAAUACCAUCUUACCCAGUGGUCAGAAAAAAUUCAAGUAUGAACUUUCUCAAACCUGGAAGUGUCGAGACUUUGAGCCGUCCUGUUCAUAUAUUUGAGUAUCUGCCACCAAUGUAUCCAACAGAAACCAAUCUGCUCACUUCAUCAAAAUGUUCAAAUCAAACUGAACACUCUUUGUUGACAAAUUUAAGAGGAGAGGCCAUGUUAGAUACUGACAACGAGAUCAAAACUGGAACCAUAGCAUCUCUGCCAAAAUGGAACAAUCAUACUGAAUUGCCCAUGACAUCAGGAGAUAUGAGUAUGGAAGGCCACAUAGUACGUGAAAUUAGUAGCGUUGUUAUGACAACUGGUGGUUUUAUUUCACCCGCAAUUGAGGGGAAGCUUCCUGAUGCAUUUGUACCUGAUAUUAUUGACAAAUUUAAAGGACUAAACGCCCCGGUUUGUUCCCCUCAACUUGAAUCCCAGCCAAUCAAUGGCACUUUUCACAGUGAUCUUAUUACAUCGAAAAGGGUAGGGUCCAUGAAGUCGGAGCCACGUUCACCAGGGCUCUACGAAUCAGUAUCGCGUAAUGAAAAAAUAUGCAAUGUCAACAUUGAUAACAGCGUAACAGCUGUAUCUAUGGAGAUAUUGUCGAACAAAGGUUCGAAAAAAAACAAAAAGAAACAUUUUCUUGGUAAACGUGUUAACGAUCAAUCCGAUCCAAGUGCAAAGACACAGGAAAAAGCUCAAAGAAAAGCCUUGAAAAUGUAUCAAAAGCUUUCAAAGAAUCAGACGGAAGGACUUAAAAAGUCGCUUAAGCAUGUGAAUCGUGAUUUAUUAAUUUCCCUACCGGAGGGAUCCACUGAGCGACUUCAACUUGAAAAAAUGAUUAAGAAACAAGCAAAGCAACGACAAAGACAUUUAAAGAACAAAAAACAACAACCUAAAAUGGAGCCGACAAUAAAACUCGUAGCAGACAAUAAUUCAUUGGAACUUAGCUCAAUUUCCUCGUUUCCAGUUCAUAAAAAUGAGUCGUUGUCACAAUCUCUGCCCGUUCAAGUAGAAAAUGUAACUGGUGCUAAAAUAUGUAACAUAAACACUCUUCGAUCAGCAGAGAGCACUGGAAGUUUACUUAUUGCGCUCUCAUCAGAAUUGGUUCCAUUAGCAAUGAUUGAUGAAAAAGAUGGUACUGAUGACCUACGUUCAGAUGAAAUAAAACUGGCAAGCGAACCAGAUCGCAUCAAAUUAAACAUUUUUAAGAAAAUUUCAAAACAAAAGACUCCAAAAGAGCAAUCCCCCAUUCCAACUUCAGCAUUAAAUCUAUCUGCAAAUGUAUUGUUUGGAUGUGACCAGGUGGGUCAUGUUUCUUCGCUAAUUAAUCUACCAUCUGGAACUACAAUCACUCCAACACCAUUUUCAAGUGUCACGGAGGAAAGUUCAAAUAUUUCUUUACCCAGGACUAAUUUAGGCAUGGUUACCGUGGACACAAUGCCUUACGAAAAUCAUCAAACGUUUUCAGCUGCCCUAUUAGCUUCAGGUAAUCAAUUAAUAACCGAGGAAAACAAACCGAAAAAGCGUGGGCGAAAGCCAGGAGGAAAAAAUCAACCAAAACAUGCAUUAGUUGCUAAUGCGUCAUCUUCUAUUAUAAACACAUCACCGUCAUCAUUGAAGAAAAUUAAAUCCAGUAAGCUGAAUACAACUCAAUUAACGAUUGCACAAACGAAUGUUAAUCUGAGUUUUACCAAAAAUGUAAUAUCCAUGGAACCGCUUAAUUUGACUAACAUGGAUGAACUCAAAAUAAUUAAUAAUUUUCAAUUUGGCGACAACGAUGGUGAAAUUGGAAUGAAAGCCAAAGAAAAAAAAGAUAAAAAAAGAACUAAGCUCAAGCACAGCGGUGGUAGCAUCUGGAAAGAGCCUGUUCAGCGGUUCUCAUCAAACCCAAAAGAUUUCAAUGAAAAAUCCUCGCUGAUAAAUUCAGAUGAUGUUGUGCAAUCGAAAUCAGCAACUCCAGAAACUUUAGUUGUGACAAGAAACUUACAAAUAUCACCUGAAAAAAUACGAAAAUCACGUGAUUCUAAAAACUCACCAAUUGGCGCUAAUCCACCUUUGGACAACAACGUGUCUAGUUCCGCAAAAAUGUACCCGACUAAUCAGUCAACUAUGUUGCCAAUGCUACCACUACUUCACUUUCCCCCUAGACCAGGACUCAUUCCAUCUGGACCAGGAAUAUUCCCAUCAAGUCUAACAUCUACAAUUGUGCCACAUACCUUCAUGGCCUUUCCACCUGCGGCGGAAAUUCAAUCUUCUCUCAACCCCCUGCCAUUGCCAGCGAGCGCGGAUAAACUUGAAGAUAAAAAAUUAGAAGAACAGUUAACUCUAUCAAUGUCGGAUCGGAAUUACUGCAAUGUCGCCCCGCUAGUACCCGAUUCAAUGAAAAUACCAAGUGAAAAAAAUGAGACAGCCAAAGAUUUUUCUAAAAAUAUUACAAAAGAAAAUAGCGAUUUUUCAAUCGCAUCGAAUCUUAUUCCCGAGAAUAGAGGUAAAUUAUACAUUGAUUCAUCUAGAAAUAAAGCAUCAGCUAUUGGUAGUGGAAGUCUUGGUGACCCAAUUGAAGUUUCAGACGAUUCAAGUGAUGAAACAAUGACUAGAAACCAGAAUUUUGGAAAUAUGCCCUGCGUUACUAGUCUUAAGCAAAGCCUAAGUCAUUCUCAGGCUCAAUACAUUGAGACUAGUACACAUCAGCAAGGAGUACCACCAAAUAGCAAUACCAGCCCAAGCUUAAGUCAACAGUCGGUCAUGACAGAUUCAAAUUAUUUGAAGAAGAUGAAAAAGACAAUAAAAGCGUUUGGUAAAUCAGAUAAUAAUAAUAUCGGAACAGCCAUGACCUCAGCAUCAACACCUUCACACACAUUUAAUGUGAACUUUUUGGGAAACGACAAAUUUAGCUUAGCAGGUGGUGCGGAUCUUAUUCCACUUUCCCGAGUGGAUAGCGGAUUGGCGUAUUCAUUACAGACUGUACCAGCUAGUAGUCUUACCGCGGGUGCAACAUCUGGCUCCAUUGACUUACCAUCCCCCAAUACUAAAACACUUGAUGAUUCGUCAUUUUCGUCCAGCAUUAUUGGAACAACAAGUUAUGAUGAUAUCACAAUAAUUCCUACUAAUAACAUGAAUUUAGGUGAAUUGAAAAUGAAAAAGAUGCACAAGAAGCUUAAAAAACCUAAAGGGAACAAGAUAAAAAAAAAGAAGGAUAAAAAGGAUAAAUCCAAAUAUAAGGAUAAACUAGAUGAAAAGCACCUGCUCAAAAUAAAUAAAUCUAAAGCACAGGAAAAGAAACUUAAAAAGGAUAAAAAAAAGGAAAAGCAGUUCACAACAAACAUUGGAUUGCAUCCGAAUUUGAACAUAAAUCCUAGUGCUGGUCUCGAAUCGAAUGUAAACCUGGGUACUACUGAAAAUUCUUCCGCGGAACCUAUACAACAGGCGACAACCAGUGUUGCACCUUUGAUCGAACAUACAUCAACUACUCAAGUGCCAAAACUUACACUCAAACUUUCUGGAAAAUCGACUCCUACUCCUCCUGCGACAUCUUCUAUGACGUCUACGCCUGCAUCUUCAUCACUCAUCACUGAACAUGAUUUAUCAACAACAAUAACAGGACACGUGCCAGGAUUAAUUCGACGAGGCAACAGAGAAAAUUCGCCAGAAUUGGCGAGAUUCUCACCACUAGUUACUGGACCACCAAAACCAAAACAAUGUGAAUUACAAGCAACUACAGUAUCUACAUCUGUACCUGUCACUGUACGUUCGCCGAACUCAUUAUCAGUCGGUAGCUCCAAUCAGGUAAUGCUUAAGCAUACACUUGGAUCUACUGCGACUGGUUGGAUGUUAGGUUCAACAGCGUCUACUACAGCCUCCUCUACACUCUCAGCCAGUUCUGUUUUGUUGCCACAGCAAUUGCUCCAAGUUGCAACUAAUUCUCAGCUUGUCUCGCCAUCAUUAAUACCGUCAACGAGCAGUUCCUGCCUUAGGCCACCCAUAUCUGAUAGUUCGCCGACGGAACUAGAUCGACCAUCUUCUUAUGUAGAUGCCGAAGGAUACAGAAUAUGGAUUUGUCCAGCGUGUGGAAAAGUGGACGACGGAUCAGCAAUGAUUGGUUGUGACGGUUGCGAUGCUUGGUACCAUUGGAUCUGUGUUGGAAUUGUGGUUGCACCAAGUGACAACGAAGACUGGUUCUGUCGUGUGUGCGUGUCUAAAAAGAAAACACAAGGAUUGGAAAAAAAGCGCAGACGAAACAAAAAGAGAUAAUCAUAUGUUAACGUUAUUUAAUUAGAAAUAGUGGGCCAGCAAAUAUAAUACGUGUAUCGUUUUGUAAAAAUUAGCAUCCUAACUAAUAAACAGUUAAAGCUAUAUAUAAAAUAAGCGAUGCUAAAAUUAGGAAAAGCAUUUUAAAGCACUUUGACUAGGGAGCCGCAGCUAGCAUAAACGCACUCACAUACGCCAAUAUCAACUUAACAGUUAAUAUGUCACGGCAGGUUGUUUCUACAGUGCCACCUUGCAGAACCGUUUUAGCAUCGACGAUUUCACGCUCUACUCUGAAAAAAAAUGUAUCUUCCAGAUCUACUUUUACCAUUAUUACAAAAAACGAACAAGGAGAAGGAGUAAUCUGCAACCCAAUAAGUAUAUUCUUGAUCAGUUGAUGUUCACAUAUCCAAAAUUAUAAUUUUGGAAAUGUUUUCUGUUAUUUCAUUGUGCUUAUAUUAUUAUCAAUAUGCAUACCAAAUUAUGUGUCCUUAUACUUGUAGUUUCAGAUAUCUUUUUAUUCAUACAUAUAAACAGGACAAACUGGCUUAGUCGAGUCAAUUUUCCCUGCUGAUCAAGAAUAAGUUUAAUUUUUAGAGGCGGAAAUUUCUUUGAACACCCACAGUUGAAAUAUAGUUCAUAGUGUAGAUAUAACAACCAAA